UUCUGCUCAAGACUUUUCAAGACAUCAAAGAACAUGGCUCGUCACAAAUUAGUGUGCUCUAAACGGUCAAGAACCACUGCAAGCCCUCACAAGUUUUUAUGCCAUAUGUGCUCUAAACCAUUUAAAAGAUCAGACCACCUAAAGGCCCACUUAAAGAAGUGUUCAUCCCCUAGCAAAAAGGAACAUCGUCCACGCUCAAAAUGUCACUAUCCUGACUGUGGUAAGACAUUUUUUCAUAAAACAUCUUUACUUGAGCACUUAAGAGAUGUUCAUCCAAAUAAAGACCAUCAGGAUCCCAUCUCUAAAUCAUUUUCUUCACUGGAUGAUUUUGUGACAUGGAAAGAAAAAGAAGAGGAGAAGACCUAUUCAUAUUUUUCCAUGCACACUGGGGAAAGCCGCAAAGGUGGUCACGUCUACUUUUAUUGUCAGCAUGAUGGUUUGGCCAAACCUGACUUGAAGAAAACCUCUGGAAAAAGGGGAUGCGGUAAAGUUAAAAAGGGCAAUCUUUGCAUAGCUUUCAUGAAAGUUCACAAAACUGAAAAUGACAUCAAAGUAGAGUACUAUCCUUGCCAUAGCCAUCCCCUAGAUCCCCAAGAUUUCCAACAUCAACCUCUGUCACGAUCGGCUUAUCAACUGAUUGAUCAGCAAUUGGCAUGGGAAGUUUCUCCUUCUAAGAUUCAAGAUCUCCUACGCAAUGGUGCCUUUUCUAGAGAAAACAGAGAAGACUCUGGUGUUGAGAAGAAAAACAAUUAUGUCUCCAUCAAAUUAAUUCGGGAAAGAAAAAGAAAGGUGAGGAAUUCAAAAAGACUGCACAAAGAAGAUCCUGUGUCUGUUAGGAAGUUGUUUGAAGGAUUAAGACAAGAAAAGUACAAUCCUGUUAUUCUCUACAAGCCACUUGGUAUGAAGUGUAUGCAAGGGCCGUCAGAGGUAAAUGAUCUUCCUGAUGCAGACAAUAUCUUCAUGUUUGGUAUUCAGACGAAAGAGCAAGCAGAACUGUUCAAACAAGGCUGUUCUAAAGCAAUGCUUGUUGAUGAUACGCACGGUACCACUCAGUAUGACCUAAAAUUAUUAACUGUUAUGGUACCUGAUCAGAAUAACCGAUGCUGGCCUGUCGCCCAUUUGAUAACAAGCCAUAUGGAUAAGAAUACUCUACAAUACUUCUUUAAAGCCAUGAAAGAAAAAAAUCCUGAUGCAGACAUAAAUGUAGUUGUAACUGAUGAUGACCCUGCACUCAUUAAUGCAGCAGAACUUGGUUUUGGGAAGACUUUAAGGCAUAUUCUUUGUGUGUGGCAUCUUCACCAAACUUUUCAAAGAAAUAUCCAUUCACACGGUGUUCCCAGAAAUUUGGAUUCAGAGCUCUACAGUGACCUGAAAGCAGUAAUUAAUUGUCGUGAUCCGGUGAAAGAAUUUCCUGCUUUAUCAGAGGCAUUUGUUAAAAAGUUUGAAGCCAGUGCACCCGAUUUCAUUACAUACUUUGUUACUUAUUACAUGUCAAGACCAGAGAAGUGGGCAAUGAGUUAUCGUAAUUUUUACUAUGCUAACCAAAAUACUACUGGAGCUAAUGAAUCUUUCCACCACCGCUUAAAGAAGAGACACAUGAAGAGAAGGCCUAAUAAAAGAGUUGAUGAUUUAAUUAACAUCCUAAUGAAAGUUGAAGAGGAUGACUUCAGUACAAGAAAGAGAGAGAACUUAUUUGGAGUAUCAGCUGGAAGCUAUGAAGCAGUUCUCUUAAGGCACAAGAAAGGCAUGGAUAUGGGAGAUGAUUGCAUUGGUGAAACUUUGUCAAAUCUUGUAUAUGAAGUAAUGUCUUCAAAAGAUAAAAGCCAGCAAAAGUACUUCAUAGCUAUUAACAAUUUGAAGUGUACUGAGAAAAUAUGCCGAAACAAAUGCAAAGAGCCAGAAUGUAAAGGGCUGUGCUCCCACAUGUUAACAUGCAGCUGUCCUGACAAAAGUCCUGUAUGUAAACACAUUCAUAAAUUGUAUUCCUUUCUGUUGAAGAAGGAUAUUAUACAUAAUGAUGAUGUUGUUGAUGACACUCCUGAUGAUGGUAAUGUCCAGUUAUUUUCUCUCUAUGACAAUGAACAGGAACCUGAUGAAGGCAGAUCCAAUGAAAAUGCACUGAAGAAACUCAAAGAAAAUGUGGCGAAACUUAAUAGCAUGCUUGACUCUGAAACAUUGUUAAAUUCACACCUUGUUGUCCAUGCUAAUGCUGUGAUUGAUCAAUUGCUGAAGAAAAUGGAAUCCGCUGCAAAUAUUCCAACUGACAUUGUAAUGAUGCAAAUGAAGCCAACAAUCCAUUUCUCAUCCCGAGCAAAGUUACAAACGCAAGAAUCACAGAUGCUCCCAUUUCGACGAGCUAAGAAACGUAAGAAGCCUGCUAAUGCCUUCAAUCAGAAGUUAUCUCCAAAUGCUAAGGAACGUGUGAAGAAAAAUUUACUUUCAUUAUUGAGUGAUUACUCAGACAGUGAGCCUGAUAUAGAAGAAACAAUUGGAACUCAAACAGAUAAUCAUGAUGAGCCUGCUGUCAGCUCUUUCACACCAAGUUUAGGGUAUGUGAAGAAACUGAAUGACAUAAUUCUGAAAAUUGGUGACUCAGAAUUGUCCAUUAUCGAUUUGAAAUCACUGGAAAUGCAGCUGUCGUCUCUUGAAGAGAAAAAAAUUCAAUCUGCAUCUCCUGGUUUUGUCACAGGACAGAUUCUACCAUCUACCGGAUGCAUUUUUGUUCACAGCAUCAGAGACUUUGGAUGUUUAUGCUUGUACCUCAAAUGAUUCUAAUGCUGUUAUUGAUGGCUCAAUAGUA